AUGUCGAACCGAGACAAGAAGGGCAAAGCGAAGGAAGAGCCUCAACUUGAGAAGUCUGAUCGUGAAAAAUCUCGUCAAGCUCAUGUCGAAACACUUGAGAUACUUUCCGAGAUCUCUGCGUUCUUGGAAACCGGUCUCACGGAUUCACAGAUAGCGUAUUGCGCAUCAUUAAUAGGACGAGGAGUUAACCCUGAAGCUCUAGCGGAAGUCAUCAGGACUCUGAGAACUCAGUACCCAGAGCGAGAGACAGGUUCCAAAGAUUCGAACUGA